AGAACGAACUAAAAGAGAGAAAUCUCAUAUUAAUAAGUAAUAAUAAUUUUUAACGAUAAUUAUAUAACGAUAUACUUUACGAUAUAUAUAUAUAUUAUUAUAUAAAAGAUAUAUACAAUAUGAAUUCUUCUAUGAAAUCACUUUUCCUUGUUAUUUUAUUAUUAAAUAUAUUAUUAGUACCAAUUGGUGCUAAUGUAAUUGGGAUUGCAGAAUUUACUAAACACAUCAAGGGAGUUGCUAAAUUCAUUUUUGAUGGAGAAAUGAAAAUUAUAGUUAAUGUUAAAGAUGGUUUAGAUGUGGGAUUGGUUUAUCCUUUUCAUAUUCACGAAUUCCCUGUUAGAAAUCAUAACUGUUCUACUGCCGGUGGUCAUCUUGACCCUACAAAUGCCGCUGUAGAAGGUAAAUUGUAUAUGUGUGAUCCGAACCAACCAAAAAAAUGUGAAGUUGGUGAUUUAAGUGGUAAAUAUGGUGGUUUAAUACCAAAUAUUAAAGGUCAUGUUCAUAAACAAAUUAACGAUCCAUUCGUUAAAAUAUUUGGCUCAUUUGGUAUUAGAGGUCGUUCUAUUGUGAUUCAUAAACCUGAUUUGAAUAAAACAAGACUUGAUUGUGCUAAUAUUAAAAUUGUACAUAAUCACAAACGUAGUCUUACUCGAUUAAUCUAAUAUUCUAUAUUUUU